AUGAGUAAUAACGGAGAUGAGAAGAGGGGGCAUGUGCCACAAGGACUAUUAGAUGAUCCUAAGUUGUUUCCAGAAGGAGGACUACGGGCCUAUCUUGUAUUGGUUGGGUCGUUUUUAGGACUAAUUGGGUCUUUAGCCUUUUGUAAUUCGGUUGGAGCAGUGGAAAGCUAUAUGAAAGAGCAUAUACUAAUCAAGCAACCAACGUCAACGGUAGCGUGGAUCUUUUCAAUUUAUAAUUUUAUGGAAUUUGGAAUGAGUCUUAUAACGGGGCCAAUAUUUGAUAAAGUUGGAGCAAGAAUCCCCAUAAGUAUUGGUAUUUGCUUAUUUGCUAUUGGUAUAAUGACCAUGUCAAUACUGAAAUCGAUAUAUCAAUUUAUAUUGAGUUUCAGUGUAUGUGCUGGAUUAGGUAGCUCCUUCACUUUUUCACCGUUUGUAUCGGUGCUAAGUCAUUAUUUUUAUAAAAAAAGAGGACAAGCUGUUGGAAUAGCGUAUAUUGGAGGUUCUAUAGGAGGAGUAUUCAUGCCAUUAGUUUUCAAGUCUUUAUUUGAUAAAGUUGGCUUUGGGUGGACAAUUAGAAUUGGAGGUUUUAUUUGUUUAAUUUUUUUAAUAAUUGGACUAAUACUAGUUAAAGAUCGAAAUAAAGUAUUCUGUGAAGCCAGGGAGCCCAAGCAAAAUUUAAUAGUUGAAAUAAUCAAAUCGAUUGAUAUUGGAGUUUUCAAAGAUCAAAUUUUCACAAUGUUGGUACUUAGUUUACUAGGUAAUGGAUUUGCAUUUUUAAUUACAAUGACUUAUUUACCAUCAUAUGCAGUCAAAAUAGGAUAUCCCGAAUCCAAAUCAUAUUUAUUAUUAACUGUUUUUAAUUCAUUAUCGAUACCCGGUAGAUUAUUACCCGGGUUUCUAGCAGACAAAUUUGGUCCUUUCAAUAUACUUUGUUGUAUUAGUAUAAUGAGUAGUGUGAGUUUUCUAGUCAUAUGGUUUCCUCACCCGGUUGGGCAUAAUAUAAUUGGAUUAUACAUUUUUCUGGCCAUGUAUGGCUUUUCAAGUGGAAGUUUUCUACUGCUAACUCCAACCUGUAUUGGGGUUUUAAGUAAGACUAAAGAUUUUGGUAAAAGAUGUGGAACUGCAUUUUUCGUAUUAAGUUUUGGUGAUUUGUUUGGUAUUGUUAUUGGUGGAGCAAUUAUUGGUAAAGGAAACUUAAAAAAUUAUGAUCAUAUGGUAAUUUUUGUUAUGAUUUGUUCUUUAAUAGCCACAACUUGUGCAAUCACUUCAAGAAUACGGUUAGCUAAAUUAGGAUUCGGCAAAAAACUUAUCUGCUAA